UGUCUCUUCUUUUAUUGUCGAUAUUCUUUCAGUAGCUGUUUUUUUUUGCUUGCUCUCUUGAGUAGAACGACAAACUUACCAUGCCUUGGACAAUUGGCAUCUUACUUUUCAUAAUGUCUGUGACCAUGUUGAGUUCUUCUUUAAGGGCCGGUCCUGAGUCCUUUUUUGAUAUGGGUGCUCCUUAUGGAGCGGUCUCUGAAAACACAGUCCGUUUGGGCAAACUUUUAAUUGGUGCUCAAGGUGUAGUAUCUGAAGAAGAAAUGGAAAUAUCUGGGCUUAGGUCAGCAGAACAGUCUCAUGAAUACCGGUCAAAUGAAGAAGAGCGGUUCCGCCUUGCUAAAGCUAAGCUGCGACGUCUGGGUCCUUCUGUGCACUGUGGAAACGAUUCAAUGACCUUGCGCAUUCCAGGAUCAAGGACACCACACUUUCUGGUUGAUCGAGGAAUUGAGUCACCAGUGCCUCUGUCUGAGAUGCCAGCCAGCUGUGGUUUCUCACUGAAGCGGGCGCGCAGAGAUGUUUCUCUUGGUGCUCCAUACCAGGGCUGUCAUGUCAGAAAACAGGGUGGACGUUAUAUUCUGCCACUCUUUAUAAUGGGGGCUCCAAUGCAAAUGUCUUGUCCUGUGAGUCCUCCCCUCCCUACAGUGUCCUGCUCCCCUUCUGGCAUGAUGAUCUCACUUGGCGUCAGACCAGAUGAUGUUAAAGUUAAAGUUGAUGGAUCAUGGCAGCCUCUGCUUCUAGCAUAUUCCAGAUGCUCCUUCAUGUUGGAGUCUGUUGAUGGUUCACUGGUUGUCACUGCACCAUUUAUAGGACGCUGUUGGGAUAUUAAGGAUGCUGACAUGCAGCUCCAUUUGAUGUACGGUGACCGGCAAGUGACUCUUUCUUGUCCUUGGACAAAACCAAUGCUGGCCCCAAUAACCGAUGGUCCGCUUCUGGACCCAUUUGGCAGUCAACAAAUGUUUUACCCAUUUCAUGGAUAUGCGGGGCAUAAUUUUCAUGGUCGCCCUGGUGUUCGACCUAUACCUCCCACUUUGCCACCUACAACCCCUAGUCCUCUUCAAGACCCUAAUCAACAAAUGUUCCCUCAAAUGUAUCCCCAGCCAAUGUUGGAUCCAUAUCACUCUAAUUCUGGAGGUUUCCCAGCAGUACCACAGCGUCAACAGUCCAAGUACCCGAUGUUUCGUCACCACAUGCACCACUUCAAGAACCCAGUUAAAGCAGCAACCCCACCUACCCCACCCCCUGCUGCCCAGUUUGACCAGUUCAUGGUACCACAGCGUCAACAGUCCAAGUACCCGAUGUUUCGUCACCACAUGCACCACUUCAAGAACCCAGUUAAAGCAGCAACCCCACCUACCCCACCCCCUGCUGCCCAGUUUGACCAGUUCAUGGGUUAUCCACCACGGUACCCAAAGUUUUAUGGCCCUAAACCUUUUGUACAUCAUCACGUUCAAUACCCAUUUAUGCCCAAGUAUCCUCAGGAUCAAGUCUUUCCUCCUCACAGCCCCAAUCCUGCGUCUUCUCCUGUUGGGUCACAAUCUAUGAUCUUUGAUUGAAGUGGCAAUUGAUACUGGAAGAGACUAACUUUAUUCUUUUUGUUCAAAAGCCAAAUAAAACUUCAUAAGACACUAA